UUAGGGCAUAUUUUACCUUCUCUGACAACUUUCAUGAGCCUCAAUCUUUUACUGCUUUUUCACCACACCUGGUGGACAAACAUCCCCAUAAACACUAGACAGCAAAUACUCUUCCUCAGCACAUUCUAACUGAUUCAUAAGGCCUGAACAGCAAAAUUAGGCUCUGAAAUCUGCCUAUUUUUCUUCUAAUUAGGAUAUUUACUUUAUCAAAGAAUCUGAAACAGAACACCACAUACUUUACUUAUUAAUAAAUAACAAUAGCUAAACCUUGUACCAGCUGUUUUUUGCUUUCUGCAGAUUAUGGCAGAUAUACAGGCUAGUCUGUAUCAUAGAAGUUAAACAUUUUACUACUCCUGGAAAACUAUUUGGAUUGUUUUUCCUGAACUCUUCUAGUUUCCCUUCCCAAAGCCCUCACUGGUCCCCAGAUGCAGAUUUUCUCUGCUUUGAAACUUUCCCCCUGAAGACUGGACUAGAUGUAAUUAUUUCCUGAAAUAUUUAAUCCAGCAGUGUUGACUUUGGCCAAUCGAAGUAAAUGUGAGUGAAGAUGAAAUAGUAAAAAUUUAACUCUGAUGCCUGAAGCCAAAUGCCCAGUGCUGUAGCAGUGGCAGAAGACAGAGAGACAAAGCCUGUGAUGACCAGGACACAUCACACGCUGGACAGCCAGUCCUCAGGCAGUCAUGACGGGUUUCCUAUCAAACCUGGUGCAGUACCAGGGGCUCUUUCAAAUGAUCACUGUCCUGGGGAUUGGUGGCACAUUCCAAAUCGGCUUUCAAAUUUCUAGCAUCACCUACAUGUCUCAGCAUGUUAAGGCUUUCAUUAAUGAAACCUGGCUGGAGCGCUAUGGCUAUCCCAUCCAACAGGACAAGCUCCUCUUCCUGUGGUCCAUCACUGUGUCCGUCUUUGGUAUAGGAGGGCUCCUGGGCUCUUCGGGAAGCAGAUACCUCACUGUUAAAUUCGGCAAAAAGAAAUGCCUCUUGUGCAACAACGUGCUGAUGAUAGUGGCAGCGUCUGUGAUGGGCUGCAGUAAAAUAUCCCAGUCCUUCGAGAUGAUUCUGAUAGGACGCUUCAUGUGUGGAGUCAGUGCAGGUCUUUGUGUUCCUCUACAUCACCAAUAUGUUGGAGAAAUUUCCCCUAAGAAGUUACGUGGAUUUGCAAACUCUACUUCCUCUUUCUUUUGGUCGUUGGGAAAAGCCGUAGGACAAAUUACAGGACAAAGGGAGCUGCUGGGCAGCCAGGCACUGUGGCCCAUGCUGAUGGCCUCCUGUGGACUCCCAGCACUGGUCCAGCUGGUCACACUUCCCUUCUUCCCAGAGUCCCCAUCGUAUCUCCUCAUGCAUAAAGGAGACCAGGAAGGCUGCAAAAAAGCCAUAAGGCAGCUUUGGGGUGAAGGCCAACACCAAGCAGAAAUUGAUGACCUCAUGAAAGAGAAGGCAACAAUGAAAAACACCAAGAUCUUGAGUGUCCUGGACCUAGUGAAAGAACCAGCUUUCCGUUGGCAGCUGUACAUGACAGUUACUCUGACCGCCACAAUUCAGCUAUGUGGCAUCAAUGCAAUUUAUUUUUAUACUUUUGAAGUCCUUCAGGCAGCUGGCUUUGAUGAAAGAAUGGCCUCCUAUAUGACCCUCUCUAUUGGACUCUCUGAACUGGUAGCUGCUGUAGUCUGUAGCUCCAUCAUUGAGCGACUGGGCAGGAAAAUGCUCAUAAGAGGAGGCUACUGGAUCAUGGGUUCACUGCUAGCUGCUCUCACUGUGACUCUGUCCCUCCAGGACUGGCACUACUGGAUGCCAUACUGCAGCCUUGCUCUCAUUGUCCUGUUUUCAGUUGUCUUUGCUGUUGGGCCAGGUGGUGCCACGGUUUCCACCAGGGUUGAAAUCUUCAAGCUGUCCUGCAGACCUCCUGCCUUUGUGAUCAGUGCAGUUCUCAACUGGCUGGGAGUGUUUGUGAUCGGCACCACCUUCCCCUUCAUCGUGGUUCAGUUCCGGGGACUGCUUCAAAUGAUCUUAGUGCUGGGAAUUGGUGGUAGUUUCCCAUAUGGAUUCCACAUUUCUGUCAUCAACUAUCCUUCUGUGCACAUCAGGAAGUUUAUUAAUGAAACCUGGAUAGAUCGACAUGGCUCUCCCCUCCAUCCUGAGACAAUCAUGCUGCUCUGGUCCUUCAUUGUGUCUGUUUAUGGGAUAGGAGGAUUCCUGGGAAGCCUCUGCUGUGGCUACCUGACUACAAAAUACAGGAAGAAAAAGUGUCAAAUGUUCACCAACCUGAUCAUGUUGGUAGCUGCACUUUUCAUGGCCCUCAGUAAAACAGCCAAAUCCUUCGAGAUGAUUCUGGUUGGGCGCUUUCUCUAUGGCAUUGGUUCAGGUUUUUCUCUCAAUAUACAUCCUCAGUAUGUAGGAGAGAUUUCACCCAAGAAGUUGCGUGGAUUUACCAACUCCACUGUUGCCGUUUUUCUGACCCUGGGAAAACUCACAGGACAGGUGGUUGGACUACGGGAGAUUUUAGGAAGCGAAGCUUUGUGGCCAUGGUUGUUAGCAUCUAGUGGACUUUCAGCAUUGGUUCAACUGGUUACCCUCCCAUUUUUCCCUGAUUCACCAUCCUACCUCCUGAUACAGAAGGGUAAUGAGGAAGCCUGCAGGAAAGCCAUCAGGAAGCUCUGGGGGGAAGGAGACCACCAGGCAGAAAUUGAUGACAUUAUGAAGGAGAAGGGUGCAAUGGCGAGCACGAAAACCUUGCGUGUCCUUGAAGUAAUAAAGGAGCGAUCUUUGCGCUGGCAGCUUUACAUUCUGAUGACCGUCAUGACCACGCUGCAGCUCUGUGGCAUCAAUGCAAUAUACUUCUAUUCUUUUGAAGUAUUCCACACAGCCAAGUUUGAAGAAUACCUUAUCCCAUACGUGUCCCUGGGAGUUGGGUUGUGUGAGUGCUUAUCCUCUAUACUAUGUAGCACCCUUAUAGACCGCUUUGGGAGGAAGGUGCUGCUCUGGGGUGGAUACUUGCUGAUGUGUUCUGUGCUGGCACUGCUCACCAUGACCCUGUCACUGCAGCAUCGGUUUUUCUGGAUGCAUUACUUCAGUGUCAUCUUGAUCUUUCUGUUCGUUGUCUUCUAUGGAAUUGGACCAUCUGGGGCCACCAUAUCUGUGAUGGUUGAAAUCUUCAGCCAGUCAUACAGACCAUCAGCCUUUCUGAUUGUUGGCUGCAUCAACUGGAUGGGACUGUUCGUACUUGGGAUGAUUUUUCCAGUAAUUGUUGAUAACCUUGGACCCUUCUGCUUCCUUAUCUUUUUGGGAAUCCUUGCUUUAUCAGCAAUUUUCAUCUACCUGUAUCUUCCUGAGACCAAGGGAAAGUCAAUCAUGGAAAUAAAAGCAGAAUUCAACAAGCUGAACUUUGGGAAAAAAGAAACCUCUGUCACUGAAAAUAACUUUCCUAAGGAACAGUUGUCUUGCACCAAGCUCUGAAUGUUCAGAGAAGAAAUUUGCAUCUCUUGGAAAAGACAGGAAAUAAUGUUGCAAUAG